ACUGUAAAGACAAACAUAUCUGUUUAAAUCAUUUAAACAUUUAAAACAUCUUUAGCUAGUUAAGGUAUACAUAUUCUUCGCGACAUUUUUGUGUAGAAAAAAAUAUAUAUGGAAAUCAAACCAGGAUAUUGCUCAUUAUGGAAAAAUUGUACUGUUUUACGAAAGAACAGCGUUAUUCUCAAGAGAGCAGACGACUUCUUGGUACGGAAGUCAAGAUUGAUAGGGCAUAUAAAGCCACUAACGGCAGAAAGUUUGCGGUAUUACUGGCAUGUAUAAUGCAACUGGUUGUAUGUAGUGGAAUUGGAUACGGUUUAAGUGUGAUGUAUGCCGAGCUUGUGAUAGUUUUUGAUGCUAAGAGGGCCGAUGCUGCCUGGAUACAAAGUCUAUAUUCUGGGCUCUCUUGUGCAACAGGGAUAAUUUAUGCUCGAUUAAUAGAAAGGCUUGGUGCAGGUGUGUCCAUUGUGCUAGGAACUUUACUGAGUGGAUUGGGAUUAUUUGUCAGUGCAUUUGCUGACGGUUUGAUCCCAAUCAUUCUGUGCACCGGAAUUUUUGCAGGUUUUGCGACGGGGAUUUCUUACUUGGCUGCUUACAUUGCGACUGGCAAAAUGUUUCCACAAAACGCUAGUUUUUAUUUGAUAAGCUUGACACUCGGCAAUAGUCUAGGACAAUUUAUUGUCCCGCUUCUUUUUGAGACCUUUAUUGCAAAGUAUUCCUGGAAAGGAGCCUUCAUUCUUAUUGCCGGCGUGUCAUUAAAUUGUGUUCCAUGCGGGAUACUGAUUCAUUAUUCAAAAAGAUUCUUUGCAAAUGUGGAUGAGGAACAACGAAAAAGGACAAAUGCAUUUUGUGAUAAAACAUUAUUGACCGACAUCUUAAUUUGGAUGAUGCUUUUGAAUUUUUUCUUAAAUUCAGUUACAGGCAAUGUUGAAGCAUGGUUUAUUGUUGAUCAUAUGAUAUCACGUGGGUUCGCACGAGAAUCUGGUUCUAUCACAGUGUCUGCUCUAGGUAUAGGUAAUUGCUUUGGUCGAAUCAUUGGUGCCUUACUAAGGUUCCGUUUCGUCAACUUUCCUACAGUUAACCACUGGAUAUAUCUCUGCAGCAUUAGCGCUGUUUUACAUGCUGUCAUCAUCAAUCUGUUUGACUAUUGGCCAAUACUGAUCACGUGCUUUCUGUUUGGUAUCGUGUUCGGCACAACUGUUGCACAGACGCCUGCUAUAAUGUUUGAAGCGACUGGUUUAGAAAAAUAUCCACAAGGCAUGGCAUUGGUCAAUUUAAUGUUAGGGCUUGGCAAUAUGGUUGGUCCAUUGUUAGGAGGUUACAUCAAGGAUGUGUUUGGAUCAUAUGAAGUCUCGUUUUAUCUGUCGUCGGGUGUAGGCGUUUACAUAAGUCUAAGUACACUGAUCAUUGCAAUUUGUAUACGGCGACGAAAGAAAAGUGAUACAAGGAGAUCCAUUCUUGUAGAAGAAGAAUAGUUUAAUCGAAAGCAUAAUUUGAAAUUAAUUGGAUAUAUUAGUAUGUUUUCUGUUACAAUGACAUCAUGUCCAUCGAAAAUGGAAUGGUAAGAAUUCAGGUAGAUAAAAGCUGAAUGUCUUCAUAUUAGUUACAAUUUUGUAAUACACAUCACUUGAGUAAUCAACAAUACUUCCCCCAAUCUGACCCAUAUAGAUAUCUUUAAACGUCCUAUGGAGAUAAUUAUUUAUGUUCUAUUGUUUCAAAGUUUGGGGCAGUCUUUUUUAUAAUUUAGACAUAAUUUAUAUAUAAUAUCCUUGACAUUUGUAAUUACCAAUUAUUGUACAAUCGUCAUUACAUUGUCAAUCUAUUGAAAUGUGCAACUAAUAUAUCUUCAGGCGACGGUCUAGAAAUAAGGAUAAUGACACUCUAAGGUUUUGUUUUUCACUUUCAUUUAAAUUAGUAUCGCUUUUACAUAUUAAGUAAUGACAUUUCACGAGGAUGUAAUAUUGAUAACGAUAAAGAUAGGACUUAUUUUUAAUAAUGAACAAGUAAUUAAAAAAACUCUUUCGUGUAUAAUUCAGUUAUAGAUGGGCGCAAUAAUAGUUUACUGCUUCGGAAAAUGAAACAUUGCGUUUCAAAUGUCAUUUAGAUUAACCGUUUACAUGGUUCCUUUACCAAGUGAAAAUUUCAUGAUCUGCGUUGGGCAUAAAACCAGUACUAAAGACUAAAUACCAAGGUUGUCUUUCAUACGAUUUAAUGAGACGCCGCUUGCAAGCGGCGUCCAGUAGAUAUGCAUUUGUCCAUACAGCAAUGGGGAAAAGUUUAGACUUGACUUUGUUUUUUUUUUGUGUUUUGUUUUAACAAAAUCACACUGUUUUUAAGUUUUCUAAUAAAAAAGCUUUUAUGAUGUACAACAUGCCACAGAGCUUUAAGGGAUUAGAAUAAACGUUUAACUGAAGUGAUAGUGCCAUGUUUGAAUAUCAUAUUCUUUUUAUCAUUAUCUAACUUUAUCAACAUAAUAAAUAACGUGCCAAUGAGCCAGUCUAUAGUCGAUCGUUCUAAAACUGAACCGUGGAGAGAGGUGACAACUGAGGCAGUGUCACUUACUUCAUUUGCUUCGCCUCUGUUGAAGUUCGGCUCCGCCUUAAAUUGUCAUAUUAAAUUUGAUAUUAUGCACCAUGUGCUAGCAUUUAGUCUUCGUUGACUGGGUAGAAGGGAACCAGGACAACUUUGAUCAAUAUCACUUGUCGAAUCAUUAAAUUACAAGUUACAAAGCCUAAGCCACGCCCACUAUCAGAAAAGGCGGUUCUCACUCAACAGUUAAGAAAAUACAACAAACCUGUUACGCUACGGGCUGUAAGGGGAGAUCACUGCAGAACAGUUUGUCCUCAAAAUCAUUCGAUUUUUAUAAUUUUACUUGUCAUCCAAUUUAUUUUGAUUUGACCAGACGUUUCAGUCUUCGUCGCAACAGACAAAUAUUUAAGAAUUUCAGACAUGGCAUUAUUUUGUGAAUUUAGCAUUAAAUUCUACUUUUUCACAAAAAUAUGCACCUUUAUUAUUAAACAACGAGCACAUACCAAGAGCAUGGAACAAAAAUUGAUUUGUGCGUGUCGGAUAUUCAACUGUAAUAGAGAACGAUUUGCAAUGCUGAUUGACUGUUCACAUCAUUUGGCGGCGUCAUCAACAUUUAACUUGUUGAUUUUAUUAGGUGCAGAGUCUGCUAAAUCUAGCGAGGAACACAUACAAUGUUUUCUGGGUUUUAUUUUCGUUUUGUUAAGUAAAUGAAAUGGUUCUACACUUUAAUCCGAUAUAAAAUGGGAAGAAUUAUAAAGGUUAUCCAAGAACGAUAAAUCCGGAACGUCUAUUGAAUUGGUGUUUUUUGCACCUCGUAUAUUAUAAAAGGUCACGUGGUAUAGAUAUGGUAAACAAGAAGUAUCUUUAAAUAAAAAAGGAUAAUGCAUAGUAUAAGAUGAACAAACAUAUUAUUUGUCAUUUAAUGCAAACAGAUAUGAUAUAAAAAAACACAGUAAAAAUCUUUGUUGAAUGUAAUUGAAGGUCUCGAUAUUAUACUAAUUAGACAAAAUCUAUAAUUUAGUAAGUUAUAUCGUAAAAUAAACUGUACAAUAGAAAAUAUAAUAUACCGAAACGCAGUUUAAAUGUUUUGUGGAAGAAAGUAUGACCAAACUUAACUGUUUUAGCAAUAUACAAAUUAAUCUGAAAGUUAAAGAAUAAUUUCCAAUGUUUUUUUUUAUUAAUUGUAUAGUAAUGUUUGUAUUCUCAGUCAUAAUAGAAAUUCAAGUGAAACUUCUGUAAUUAUGUAGAACCCCUUUAUUAUAUUUUUAAAACAACGUGUACCAGUCGACUUUUUACGUAUGUUAAAGAUCCGGUAUGUUGUUAUAGGCUGUUACUACACCUAAGUGAAAUUGUGUAUAUGUAUAUAAUUAUGCUUAUAAAACAAUUUUCAAACAUCGAAAAAUAUGUAAAGUAUGUACUGCAAAUAUUUGUGCACAUUAUAUGUAAUCAUUAGAAUAUGUGCAUUCAUUUCUUAAUGAAAAAAUUGACUUAGACUUUAAAGAAAAUAAAUUUCUAAUUGCCUCCCUUUAUUUACAUUAAAUGUCAAGUUCGGUCAUAUCUUUAUAAAUAAUGCUUUUUGGAACUUACAACAUUGAUAAAUCCUAAUUUAAAGCCUCAUAGUAAUGAUAUUAAACCAUAAAAUAUUGUGUUACAAAGUCUUUAAAUAAAUAUUGAAUCCAGUUUUUAAUGAAAUUGUUAUAUGCAGGUUUAAAAUGUGCUUAAGCGUGGUAUCAUUGCUACCUAUUACAUUUAUUACAAAACAAUUAAAUUGAUUUGAGUAGGCUUUCCAAAGAGGCGUAUUUUUCUACAGUUCAGUUAACGUUGGUUUUACAAUCAAAUUUAUCCAUUAUCACUUGAUAAUUACUGUAAAAUUAAUCUGUUGUGAUGCAUGAACAAAUGGAAAGAUCUUAAUCUAUUGUAAUAUCGUUAAGAGCAAAACUAUGUAUGUGAUUCUGUUAUUUAAUAAACACUUAGAUAGAUAGAUUAGUAUAGAUAAAUAGUUUAAUAUAGAUAGUAAGAUCUAAGCAUUACGUAGUUGUAACCUACUAUACUGGAAUGAAAUAAAACUGUAUUUUCUGUGCACGAGUAUGCAGUGUUAAAUUGUAAACACAAACGGUCCAUUUUUAAAGGAUUAUUAUCAGUUUCAUUUUUGUUCGUGAGAUAAAUCAUUUUUCUAUAUGUGUAUUCUUUACAAUUUACAUUAUUUUAUUACAUCAUUAUGAAUGAAACAGCUUAUAUAUGCUUAAACUGAUUAACAUUCAAAUCUAAUUGCAUUCAAUAAGCCUUAUAAUUGCUAUAUUUACACUUGUGAUUUAAUCCAUAAACACCACCGCUUUACCAUUAAAUAUAUUCGAUAUCAGAUUUAAAAAUAGAUGAACC